GAAUGAGUAGGUGUUCUAAAACUUUUGACCGGUAGUGUAGAGCCUUCAGUGCUUUUUUCCGUGGGCUGUGGCCCCCCUUGUCUGAAUUUGGUCAAUAUGUCCUCCAAAAGACUUUAUAGCCCACUGUGGCAAAGACUAGACUUUCAGGAGUUAAACAACACAAUCUUUUAAAAAAUCACCUUGUUUGUCUCAUUCUUCCAACAUAGCUAGUGACUUUAUAAAACACAAUAUUUGGUAUUUGUAUUUUAUAUUAUACCAACUAUAUAGGAAAGCAUCUGGUGGCAAAAUAGCCAAAAUAUAUAGGGUGUACACCCAUAAAAUUCUUAAUUCAUUCAAGGUUUACAAAUAUGCCCAAUCAAUAGAACAUUAUGUCAGAAAACAAUAGUCGAAACCAAAUGUCUCUACCAUAUAUGGUUGAAAAGUUGCCGACGAUUUACUCUGAGAAUUGAACCUCACAACACCAAAUAUGGAACACUUACAACCAAGUGCGGUGCAGUCUAAACUAGCAAUGGUCACAGCAAAUGAUCGUUAUUAUUUCAUCAACACUGUCAAGUACAAGUAUAUUAAUGUUAUAGUAUUGUAGAGAACAAGCUAAUGUUUAAUUCUAUGUAAUUUCUAAUGACAUCAGGGCAAGAACACGACUUUUGGACAUGAAUUUCGUAGCUCUCUCUUGAAUUGAGCCUUUUUCUCUCUACAUUGUAAGUGAAUAUAUAAAAAGAACAUAUGUGAUUAAUCAGAAGCUUUUAUCCAAAGCGACUUACAAUAAAAGCUGCUGUCGUUUAUGUAUGGGUGGUGAUGGGAAUCGAACCCACUGCCCUGGCGUUGCAAGCGUCAUGCUCUAUCAACUGAGCUACGAAGGAGCACAACGUAAUGACAAUGAUGACAAGCAAUUUUAACGGAUUCUAAAGGGAAUCAUAGAAUUCCAAACUCUUUUCUAUGGCGACACAGUUGGCAAUUUUGUAAACAAUAAUUUUCGAACGUGUGUUGCCAAGAGACAUCUAACCGACGUUCUAUGGAACGUUUUCUGUGCGAAAACAACUUCAGUUUGCUGCUGACAACAAACUUGAUUGGUUUUUGACACCUGAGAUAGAACAAUCUACUGGAAAAUGCCUGGGUGCUUUUCAAGACUGGCGGAGAGAGUGCGUGGACGUCGGCGGCCUACUGCGUCGACAGGUUGUUCAAAUUCAUUUGUGGCUUGUUUUUCUUGUCCUUUUCUGUUUUGCAGGGUUCGUGAUCGUCGACAGGUGGACAGCGACAGCAAAGAGGAAACAACUGUCCUGGAUGAGGUCCAGUUGGAUGUGCCAUUGGAUGAUUUGCCAGAUGUUCCACAGCUGCCAGUCCUCCUUGAUGUCCAAAAUGCUGCUAUCAUCCUUGAGGAUGUGCCAGAUGUGCAGACUAUCCUUGAGGAGGCCACUGGCAAAUGGCAGUUGAUUCCGAUUAGGUUCAGCCCCCUGUACUGUGGGCCUGUUGUGAUCAGGAACAAUGCCGGUCCGGUGGUUAAAGCGUGGAGAACUUUCCAGUUCAUCAGCCCCAUCAUCACCUACAUGCGUGGGGGAUCCCAGCAGGUGAUGCUGAGGAUGCACCACGUGAGUAGGGUGAGAGGCCUGGAGACUCAACUGGUGUGGGCCAUCUCCAAGGAGACAGCCAGGCUUAGUCCAGAGGGCAUCCCCUACUGUGCCACCAAAGUGCAGUCCAUCACUUGGAUCCAGCGUGUGGCUGGCAGGGUGACCCACUAUGCGUCUCACCUCCGCCACGAGACGUCUGUGGACGUGACGCUUGGCUGCUACCAGCAGACUGAUGUCUCAGUGGUGUACGCCACUCUCCACAUGGGGCUGGAUGGGCUUCUCUCCUCUUCAGCGUGGUCGGAGGCUGCCUCCUUCUCUACGCCCACCACUCAGCAGUUCUCUGACCCAGAGCCUGAGGGCCACAACUGCUAUGAGGGCUGGGAGGAGGACCUGCUGCCUGAGGAGAGGGAGGUUCCUCUGCUAAACCUCUACCUUACCACCAAGAGAGUGGAGGACAUCGCCCUGAGGCUCGUCUCCCUGCGCCAGGCCUUCACUACCCUGCUUGGUUCCACCCUGAGCAGGAACCAUCUGUUUGUGGCGGGAAAGGUCCUCCUGGGCGCACUGGUUCAGGCCAACCACAUGGACGAGGCCAAGUUCCUCCGUACCUAUAAGGACUUUGUGGACUACCUGAGUGACCCCUCCAAGCGGAAUGACAUUGAGAGGGAGCUGGCUGAGGCAAAGAUCCAUCAUGUGAACAUGAUAGAUGUCCUCUUUGAGCUGGUGCUGUUUGGGUUAAUGACAGCUCAGAAGUCCCUGAUGGUGCACCCUGGUGGGUUCGUGGAGCGUCUGUACGCUCUCCUGUACUCCUUCCUGCCCACUGCUGCCAAUAUGGAGCCAGAGGCUGACAGAUACCUGCUGCUGCUCAAUGAUUCUUGUGACACUUUGCCACCCAACAGGGAUCUAGACACCAAUGCACUACAUUACUUUGCACUGAAUUUUACAUUUUUAAAUAAAACAAGUUGGCGCGUGGGGGGCGACAGGGGGCCUGGCUGGCCCUGA